GGGGAAGGGCGGAGGUUGAUAUUGCUUCUGCUUAAAGAUGGCGGCGGCGAGGAGGAGUCUCCUGCAGAGCGAGCAGCAACCAAAUUGGACAGAUGACUUGCCUCUCUGCCAGCUCUCCGGUGUGGGUUCAGCUCCUAACCGUUCCUAUACCACAGAUGGAAAGGGGACAGAAAUUCACCCCUUAGAGGAUAACUGGCUGAAAUUCAGGAGUGAAAAUGACUGCUACCUCUAUGGGGUCUUCAAUGGUUAUGAUGGCAACCGGAUCACCAAUUUUGUGGGGGAAAGACUCUCCGCAGAGCUCAUGUUGGGCCAGCUGAAUGCAGACCAUGAUGAUGCUGAUGUGCGCAGAAUACUGCUGCAGGCUUUUGAUGUGGUGGAAAGGAGUUUCCUGGAGUCCAUUGAUGAUGCACUAGCAGAGAAGGCCAGCCUCCAGUCCCAGCUGCCAGAGGGGGUGCCCCAUCACCAGCUGCCUUCCCAGUACCAGAAAAUCAUGGAACGGUUGAAGGCUGUAGAAAAGGAGAUCUCUGGAGGGGCCAUGGCUAUUGUGGCAAUCAUCCUCAACAACAAGCUCUACAUCGCCAAUGUAGGAACAAACCGGGCACUCUUGUGCAAAUCUACAGUAGACGGGUUGCAAGUGACACAACUCAACAUGGACCACACCACAGAGAAUGACGAUGAGCUCUUCCGCUUUUCGCAGCUGGGUUUGGAUGCAGCAAAAAUAAAACAAGUAGGAACCAUAUGCGGGCAGGAGAGUACCCGGCGCAUCGGGGAUUAUAAAGUCAAAUAUGGCUAUAGUGAUAUUGAACUGCUGAGUGCUGCGAAAUCUAAGCCAAUCAUAGCAGAGCCUGAAAUCCACGGAGGGCACCCACUCGAUGGAGUCACGGGCUUUCUGGUUCUGAUGUCAGAAGGGCUCUACAAAGCUCUGGAAGCAGCUCAUGGGCCUGGGCAAGCCAAUCAGGAGAUUGCAGCCAUGAUUGCCACAGAGUUUGCCAAACAAAGCUCACUGGAUUCCGUGGCUCAAGCAGUCGUGGAUCGAGUGAAGCGCAUUCACUGUGACACAUACGCCAGUGGUGGGGAACGGUCCAAGUUCUGUGCUCGGCAUGAGGACAUGUCGCUGCUGGUGAGGAAUUUCGGGUACCCGCUGGGUGAGAUGAGCCAGCCCACACUGACUCCGACACAAGGAGGUCGAGUUUAUCCUGUGUCAGUGCCGUACUCCAGUGCCCAGAACACAAGCAAGACCAGCGUUACUCUAUCCCUUGUCAUGCCAUCCCAGGGUCAGAUGGUCAAUGGCGCUCACAGUAGCUCCACGUUGGAUGAAGCCACGCCCACCCUCACAAAUCAGAGCCCAACAGUGACCCUCCAGUCUACCAACACUCACACCCAGAGUAGUAGCUCCAGCUCAGAUGGGGGCCUCUUCCGUUCUCGCCCUUCCCACUCCCUCCAGCCGGAUGAAGAUGGGCGUGUGGAGCCCUACGUGGACUUUGCAGAAUUCUACCGUCUCUGGAACAUGGACCACAGUGAGCAGGGAGCGCUCACCGUGCAAUAAUGCACCGAGACCAAUCCCUUCGAACCCCUAUCAGGUUGGGGGGGGGGGGAAUGGAGCCUGGCAAGGCAGGAACAGUUCACCCUUGACAGCCCACCUUCUGCCAUUAAGGGAUGAGGUUAAUGCUGGGACUGGUCGCUCAUAGCAUUCGUUUUGCAUCAACUUGUCAGGGCAUGUUAAUACGUCCCUUUUCUAAAGGUCCCUUUCACUGUGAAACCUUGUGGGCAUUAGAGAGGGUUGUGACCAACCUCUCCUGCACCUCCAGUAUUACAGACAGUUGCUCUGCUGCGGAGAAGAUGACAACUCAGAUGUCUGGCAGGAGAGGUACUUGGUGCGCAUAUAAGCUGCUGCUGGAGAUUUAGGUGUGCCUCAUGAUACUGGUGUGUUAAGUCGAUGAAACCUCUGUUCUGCAGAAUAAAUGGUAACUUAUAGCAAACGCUCUGGCCAUUUAUGUGAUGUGAGUUUAAGAAAUGGUAUUAACCUCAGCUACCUAGGUUUUUAGUCGCCUUUGGGGCCCAAGACCUAGAUGGAACAGGGCAGGUGGGCAGGCAGGCAGGCACACACAAACACACAGACAGUUCCUCUAAUGCAUCAUCUCCAGGUGUCAUUUCCAGUCUUUAGAAACAAACAUGGAAGGUGGGGGUGUUGUCUUCUGUACCCAAGAUGUCACAGCCACUGUUAAAUGCUUCCUUUUGUAUCCAAGAUCACAGUAGGGUGAAACAGGCAGCAUUAGAAAGAUUUGGAGCCGGAUCUAACCACCUCUCUGCCUCCUAUCUGGGUGUCCAGAAGAUUCUCCUGACUUCCUUUGAAGAAGUGGCAUGUUUUCCCCCAUAAUCAUAUACAGGUUUUUGGAAAUGCUUUGUUGCUCUCAGACAGUCAUCAAGUAAGAAUUCCUUCUGGGAAAGCAGCUUAGCAGACCCACCAUGCAUGCAUGCUAACAGGAAAAACAGCAACAGAGGGACUACUAUUGUAGACUUCAUGGCACCAAGUGCCUUGGACUCCUCUGGAAAAAAGAGCAGGAUAUAAAUUUCAUUAUAAAUAAAACAGUUUUAACUUUUUCUUAGAGUUUCUAAACUACUGUUAAUUUUCUUUGCUGGUUUUAUUCUGGUUUGUUUUACAAGGUUGUUUUUUUAAAUAAAAAACAAUCUUGGAUUUUCA